AUGCAGAAACAGCUGCUCAAACUGGAUAAAGAAGGCCGCACUGAUUUCCGGCGUGGCCUGAGAUCCUGGGUUGCCGCAUGUUCUGACAAUUCGGGUUUCCAGCGCUGGCUGUUGGAGUCCAACGGGGAAGUACAGGGAGUUAUUACUAUCCUCUUGGACAUGGACAAGAAGGAUAUCGUGAUCCGGUUGUGGUAUAUGGAAAACGAGAAUCCUGUUAUAAAGCAAGAAAUUCUUCUGUCCAGUGUCGGUGGGAGAACGAGAAUUAGUCAGUCCAGCAUUGAUAUCUUCAAUGCUCCCUUCGUCGUACCCUUUGAGACAUUCUACAUGGUACCGCCGACGCCUGGUUCGAGCGAAAAAGAUAUUGAGGUGACCGAGAGUGACCUUGUUGAGUUUGCAGAAAUUGUCUGGUGCCUGUCUUCCCCCAUGGAUGAGUCACAGGACAGUUUAGAGUGUUUAGAGAAAACUAUUGGAGAGACGCAUUUAGCUACAAUUGGAAUUUAA